AAUAAAGAGUAGGCAUGGCAGUCAUGUAGCUCGUUUGCCUCAACAUCAUUUUAUAUUGUUGACGUGUUGACGUUUUCAUAUUUUCGUAUCAAAAGCCAAUAACAAUAACAAAUAAUACAACUGCUGUGUGGGCAAAAUUUUCUUGCAUAUAAUUUUUAACAAUACCAAUAAUUUUAUUAUGGAUUUAAAUAUAUUGAUUGGGAUUGCCACAGCAUUGUUGGCAAUAAUAAUUGGGCUCUUGAUUUUCCAAAGAAAAUCUUCUACACCUGAUAAAGUAGACAGACCAGUGCAGCGAGGAGUCCCAGUACGAGCGCAAGAGGGAGUGCCUAGACGUGCACAGAUUGCGCGAAAUCAACGUAAUCGCCUUCGACAAAAUGCCGUUGCAGCAGCUGCUGCAGAUCAAGCAGCUGCUUUAGACAAUGCCAUGGAAGCUAAUGAUGACGAUGGAGAAGAUGAAGAAACUCCAUCCGGUGCAGUAUUGGAUGAAAAAAUGGGUGCCAAAAAGCGUGCCAAAAUGGAAGCCAAGGAACAGAAACGAGUGCAACGGGAACAGGAGCUGAAAAUCCGUGAGGAGCGCAAAGUGAAGGAGGCCAAAUUGGAAGCAGAACGAAAACAGCAAGAAGAACGUGAGGAGGAGGCAGAGCGCAAAGCUGCAGAAGCUGAACGUUUGGCGCGUGAAGAACGUGAGCGUAAAGAGCACGAAGAGUAUUUGAAAUUAAAAGAAGCAUUCCAAAUUGAAGAGGAAGGCUUUGAAGAAGCCGAAGAUGCAGAAAAAGAACAAUUGUUACAAGAUUUUAUACAGUACAUAAAAGACAACAAAGUUGUUGUACUAGAGGACUUAGCAAUGGAAUUUAAACUAAAAACACAGCAAGUCAUUGAUCGUAUCCAAGAUUUACAAGCGAACGGCACGAUAACAGGUGUAAUUGACGAUCGUGGUAAAUUUAUUUAUGUUUCUCAGGAAGAAUUAUUAGAAGUAGCAAAGUUUAUAAGACAACGAGGACGUGUUUCAAUAGCAGAGCUGGCGGAAAGCAGUAAUAAUCUUAUAAAUUUAACACCCGUGUCUAGUGCUUAGCAGCUUUUUUCUCUUUAACUUGGUUCUAAUAAUCUUUUAGUACAUUCAGAACAAAAUGUAUAUAUGAACACUUUUAUUGUUACAAUAAUGCCUAUAAUAAUAUAUAUACAUGCAUACAUAGGAAAUGCAUAAAA